CAAACGCACUUCAAAUUCUUCCUCCGAAUUAGCGUUUCAUUCUCUCUCUCUCUCUCCCUCUCACUACAUUUCCUUUCUCUUAUCCGCAUACUUUUCUUCUCCGCCACACGCCGCCUCAGAUUUCUGCGUUCGCCUAUCGUCUGGACAAUUUGGUUGCCUGCGCGAUUGAAUUCGUAUCGCUGUUUCUGCGGCGGGGGCGGUGAAUUUGUUGUAUUUGAGGGAAUUUGGGUUGUACAUGGAAUGAUUGAUUACCAGCUGCCGACAGAGAAUAUGAAUAAUAUAUGGUCCGGUAGUGGCGGCGCCGCCGCGGCGGUGGGGGAAGGGGAUGCUUCGGUGAUGGAUGCGUUCAUGUCAUCCACCGCAUCCGAUCUGACGUCUUUGUGGCCGUCGGCUCAGCAGCCGAUCUACACGCAUCCGCCGGUGGCGGAACACGCAAAAACCUCCGGUUCCGGCGCCGCAGCGGCGGCGCAAUUGUUCAAUCAGGAGACUCUCCAGCAGCGGCUUCUGGCGUUGAUCGAAGGCGCCCGAGAGAGCUGGACGUAUGCGAUAUUUUGGCAGUCGUCAGUGGUUGAUUACGCAGGUCCUUCGGUUUUGGGAUGGGGCGAUGGAUAUUACAAAGGAGAGGAAAAUAAAGGCAAGCGCAGAACGGCGUCGUCUCCGUCGGAGCAGGAGCACAGGAAGAAGGUGCUCCGGGAGCUGAACUCUUUGAUUUCGGGACCUCAGACGACUGCAGACGACGCCAUAGACGAGGAAGUUACAGAUACGGAGUGGUUCUUCCUGAUAUCGAUGACGCAGACCUUCGUUAACGGGUCGGGACUCCCAGGCCAAGCACUGUACACCUCGAGUCCCGUGUGGGUCGCCGGUCCGGAGAGGCUCGCCGCCUCUCACUGCGAGCGAGCUCGCCAGGCGCUCGGAUUCGGAUUACAGACUUUGGUUUGUAUACCAUCGUCGAAUGGAGUGGUUGAGCUUGGUUCGACUGAUUUGAUUUUCGAGAGUUCGGAUCUGAUGAAUAAGGUUAGGUUUCUGUUCAAUUUCAACCCAAUCGAGAACAAUUCCGGUCAUUGGACCUCCGCAGAGACGGAUCCUUCGGCUCUAUGGCUCACAGACCCCACCGCCUCUCUCAACACCACCAGCAAUAGUCAGAACCCUAACGGCGACGGCAGUUCAAUUCCUUCCUCCAGUACUCUCACAAGCAAGCAAAUGAUGUUCAACAACGAGAAUCGGAGCUCCAGCACCAUAACAGAGAGUCCACAUCUCCAAUCGCAAGGAUUCCACACCAGAGAAUUGAAUUUCUCCGAAUUCGGCUCCCAUGGCGCCCGCAGCAGCAACGGCGGCGCUUGCAAGCGAGAAACAGGGGAGAUUCUCAACUUCGGAGAGAGCACCAAGAGAAGCUCCGCAGCCGUGAACAAUGGAAAUCCAAUCGGAUCCCUCGACGACAAAAACAAGAAGAGAUCUGCUGUAACAUCAAGAGGAAGCACAGAGGACGGAAUGCUAUCCUUCAAUUCCAGCGCGAUUUUACCUUCUUCCGGCGCCCUGAAAGCCGACAACAUCGGCACCAUCGAAUCCGACCACUCCGACCUCGAAGCCUCCGUCGUGAAGGAAGUGGACAGCGCCCGAAUAAUCGAGCCAGAGAAACGUCCCCGAAAGCGAGGCCGGAAGCCGGCCAACGGGCGGGAGGAGCCGCUGAACCACGUGGAGGCGGAGAGGCAGAGAAGGGAGAAGCUGAACCAGAGAUUCUACGCCCUCCGAGCCGUGGUCCCGAACGUGUCCAAAAUGGACAAAGCUUCCCUCCUCGGCGACGCCAUAGCCUACAUCAACGAGCUCAAGUCCAAAGUCCAGAAAGUGGAGUCAGACAAGGAGGACCUGCGGGGGCAAUUGGAGGCAGCAAAGAAGGAGCUAGCAGUAAAGGAGUCGUCCUCCCGCGACCCUCUGAAAGCAUCAUCGGCAUCGUCGUCGUCGGGGAACACGAUCCCAUCGGACAUGGACAUAGACGUGAAGAUCAUAGGUUGGGAUGCAAUGAUACGGAUCCAAUGCAGCAAGAAGCAGCACCCGGCGGCGAAGCUGAUGGUGGCGCUGAGGGAGCUGGACUUAGAGCUGAACCACGCGAGCGUGUCGGUGGUGAAUGAUCUGAUGAUCCAGCAGGCUACGGUGAAGCUGGAAGGGAGGUUCUUCACGCACGAUCAAUUGCGGGCGGCGUUGAUAUCCAAAGUCGGAGAGACGAGGUAGACAGUGUAGUAGAGUAUUAUAUGCUUGCUUGCUUUCUUUCUUGGGUAAGAACGUGUUUGUUUGUCUGUGUAUGAUACUUACUGUUUAUUACUUCUUUUUUUUUUUUUUGCUGUGUAACCUGUUCGUCGUCGUCAAUGUUGUUAUGUUUGUAGUUGAUUUGUAUUUGUUAGAAGUUUGUGUAUAAUAAUAACUCAAGUCAGAUCAAGCCCUUGUAAUAAGUAUGAGAAAGACAGACAUUUUGUUGUUA